UCUGUCCUGAGUUUAGAACCCUUUACAGUUGCAGAGGUGUUAACACUGUUGGUCAUCCUCUGCUCAUCGUCAACCAAUCAUGCGGUCUGCUCUGAUCCUUCUGCUGUGCGUCCUGGGAGCAGCCCUGUGGUCCGGCGCGUUGGCCAACAAUGCAAAUCUUCCUGAAGAAUGCUGUUUCAAGUAUUACAACAGAAAAAUCCCCAGACAACUCAUCAGGGAAUAUGAAAUGACAAGAUCUGACUGCUCUAAGAGGGGAGUCAUCUUGUUCACAAAAAAUAACUUCCGCUUCUGUGCCAAUCCAGAAGACCCUACGGUUGAGAAGAUCAUGAAGUCCAUCGACGAGAGUAAAUUCUAGGAACCACUUCCCAGGAAGAAGGCUAAAGUCUAAACAGUCAACUCCUGCUCCUAGUUCCUUUUCAGCUCUGCGUAAAAUAACUGUUUUGUUUUUUUACAUGUAGUGACAAAGUGUCAAUUGAUAUGCUAGCAAUCAUGGUGAUAAUUUAGUAAAUGUGUAACACGUGUAUCAGAUAUAAUGAUCAUGUUAUGAACAUGAAAUGCAUUUUAUCACUCAACCAAAGGGUUUACUGAUAAAAAGGACUCAUUUGAGUCAGAAAGGAGUUGGAGCACUUCACAAAAAAAGGCCGAGAGGAAUUUCUUACUUGGAUGAGUACAGGUGACUGACGUUUUCCUCAGAGUUACCUGACAAUUUCACUUAACUCCUAUUUAUAGCAUACCAUGAAAAUAAAAAUCAGGUCAAUGGAAAAUAGUGGCACUAAGUAAUAACAGUAAUAAUAAAACAAAUAUGGUGUCUUGUUGUUGACCAAUGUGUCAUAUAAAAAUCAAUGAUCUACCUUGGGGGUAUUUGAGUGUCGGUGGAAAGAGUGGCACAAGAGACCCCAAAAAUCAAGGCAACUACAUUUAGAAAUACCCAUUUUUUUUUUACACUGUUGUCUCUCAAUAGGUGACUAGGCUAUAAAUAGGUAAUAGUUAAGUGCAAUGGUCAGGUCACUCUGAGUAAGAGGUCAGCUUGACGUCAGUCACCUGUACUCAUCCUGAACAACAGAUUAAAGUGAGCAAAUAAUAAAUUAAUCUCUGCCUCUUUUUUUUUUUUUUUGAGUUUUCCAAAUGUUUUCUGCCUCAAAUGAGUCCUUUUGGAACUUUUUCUUGGUAAGCCUUUU